AUGAGAAAUUCAACAUUGAAGAUUUCAACGAACGGUUACGUUGGUUUCGCACAAUUUUCGGACAACGCUCACGAUCUACGAGUUGGAGUGGAUACGGACUGGCCACGUGAAUCCGAUCCUGCACUUAUUGCUCCUUAUCUGUGCAAGUAUGCCAACAAAUUGUCGUUGCAAAUAGAUCAGUUAUUCUCUUAUAGGGCAAUUGGAGUGCAUCUUCUGCCAUGA